CCCGAUUACUAAAUAAAUGUUUAAACAAGUACAAAUGGAAUUUAACCGUUGGAGUAGCAAUUCAAAUUUUGAAAAUCAGUGGUCCAGCCGCUCCAAGGGUUUGUGAUUUUCCCCUUUUCAGACAGCAAGAAAAAUAAAAAAAUUGUCCUCUACCCUGGUCGGUGUAGCCAAACUGAAUGCCGCGCACAGAGCAUUAGAUCUUAUUAGCACACGCAGCACCUUCGCUCCGCGAUUUCAUUUGUUUGUUUUCAGGGAUUGGUUUCCACCAUGUCGAACAACAAUAUGAACCUUAAUUAUAUAGACGAAAAAUAUGAGUUUUGUGCACCUAUGUACUUCGACUUCUCUAGGGGAGAGACACCGGAGGAAGCUGCAGAGGCCGAGCGCUGGCUCCAAACCCCUAAAGCAUAUUUGCCUUCUCCUUUGGUGCUAAAAUCUCAAUCUUUGUUGGAAUCCAAAGAAAGCUCCAGUGAUAGCAGCAUCUACAAUGCAGUACAGAAGUUAACAGCACGGAUUUCUUUUGAACAUGGAGAACCUAAAAUAUCAUGUUCAGGCUCUAAUGAUACUCCUACUGGAAACGAUGCAUUAGGGGAUAUCAAUUUAGACUCUGAAUCCAGAGAAGCCUUUGGAACAACUAAAGGUCCUUCAGAUUCUUCCAAGCUUUCAAAGGCUUCCAACAAUGCAUCUGCACAAGAGGAUGCUAAGACGUCUGAAUCCAGAGAAGCUUUUGGUAUGACUAACAUAGGUCCUUCAGUUUCUUCCAAGAUUUUAAAGGCUUCCAACAAUGCAUCUGCACAAGAGGAUGCAAAGACGUCUGAUGAAUUAGGAGAAGCCACUGCAACAGUUGUCAAGAACGCUUCAGAUACUCUUAAAGUUCCUGAAGUUAGUGAUUAUCAAUCAGUUUCAUCUGAGUUAGAAACAGAAAGUUAUGUGACAGCUUGUUUGUUUUCAUCUGGAAAAAAACAAUUGAACUUAUCAUCUGUACUUGCCCAUGACUCUUCAAAUAGAAAGAUAGACGAAAGUGCAUUUACAUCUCAGGAGGAGCAUGGGCUAGCUAGCAUGCCAAAGAUUGGAAGUGAAGCAUCUCUUUCUAGCUCUUUUGAAGUUGGAAGAUUGAUAGGUCACAGUGAUGCUGCUCAGAUUGCCAAGGACACCACAAUUAAUGCAUCAACUGUUUGUGAAAACAAACAGAAGGAUAGCCACAAUGUAUAUGAGGACUCAAAGAAAUCUGUCGCAUCAUUUGAAAUACAAGUUGCAGUUGGAAACCCGAAUACAAAUAGAGACUGUCAAGAGGUAGAGAAACAUGAAGCCAAUGUCAGAAGGCAUGCACAGAAGAAAAUAUUGAAGCGAUCCCUAGUCAGGAGCCAGAGACCUAAGUCCAAAAUUCCAGGUGCAAGCCAAAUCCACACAGAAAAUCAGUAUGCUAACAAAAGACAAAAGCUUGAAGGAGGACAGGCAAAACAGGUAUGCAAUUUGAGGGAGUAUAUUCCGACUGCCAAGGCAAUCCCCACUUUGACAAUUCCGCAGAAAUUUCACUUUUGUACAGAGGAACGCUUUCAGACUCAUCGAGGAACACAUUGUCAGGCAUUUGCACAGAGUGGAAAUCCAGCUUCCCCAUAUGUCCCUCUAGCUGAAAGAGUGUUCAAAUUUCAAUUUAAUGAUCCAAAUCGGCUGCUUACUCGGAUUGAGAAUCAACCUCUAAAGUUGACAAGGCCAAAGGAACCAGAUCUUGUUACCUCACAGCGAGCUAGACCAACAAGGGUUAAAAGUUCUGCAGAACUUGAAGAAGAAAUGCUUGCUAACAUACCUAAGUUCAAAGCAAGGCCUUUGAACAAGAAGAUUCUUGAAGCUCCAACUUUGCCUCCCUUGCCAAGGAGUACACCUCAGCUACCUGAAUUUCAGGAAUUCAACUUGAGAACUGAAGAACGUGCACAUCUGCAUCCCAAUACAUUAGCCAAACUUGCCUCUGGACCUGAGAUCAAAUUUCAGGUAUCUGCUUCAAAUAAAUGCGGCUCCAUGUUAAAUAGUAGAUUCAGUACAUCCUAUGGACAUUAUAUUCCAACAUCUAUCAAACAUAGAACCAUAGAAAGGAUAGAAGAAGAAAAGGGACCCCGAAAGAGAUUCAAAAUUUGUGAAAGUUAUUCAGACACAAAGUCAAUGCCAUAUUUUGGACUCGAGGAAGUAAGCCAUCUUCGAAAGUCAGAACAAGAAAAUUCCAGUCUGUUGCAGUCAUCUGGCAUGAAUGUGCUCCCAAGUGCCACCACUGAAAUUAAUGGGAAGCAACUUCCACAUGAAGUGGUGGAGGACGUGCUUGAUUCAAUGGGAUCGCGAAAUGACCAACAUGUCGUUUUGAAGGAAAACAUCCCCCAUCCUUCCCAGAUCGUCCCAGAUUCAACACAUGAACUCAAAACGUUGUCAAAAGCAACAAUUAAAUCUGAGUUGAUGUCUCUAAUUUCCAGGGAGAACGCACAUAUUUCUGAGAAGAAAAGAAAACCCCUUUCUGAGAUUUCUACUCCCCAACCAACUCAAUUUGGCUCAAAGAGAAAUAACUGUGAACCUGCACCAUUUACAUUGAAAGGAAAUGCUUUCUGCGAUCAAUCUCCUCCAGUAUCUGCCCAAAACUUUUCUUUCUCUAGGUAUCCGAAGGAGUCUUUGCAAAUAAAAGAUGCUGCAAAGCAAGAUAGUCAGACCUCCUUGCCAGUUCCUCAAUAUAUGAGAUGACAUUCAGUUUAAGUAAAAAGUUUGGCAUGUGUCUCAAAGGAAUAGUAUGAUUUCUGUUGCAGGUAUCCGAAGGAGUCUCUGCAAAUAAAAGAUGCUGCAAAGCAAGAUAGUCAGACCUCCUUGUCAGUUCCUCAAUAUAUGAGAUGACAUUCAGUUUAAGUAAAAAGUUUGUCGCUUGUAAGCGACUAAAACAUACGCCAACCAAAUGGAUAUCCAGAGAUGUACCUUUAGAUUUUCAAUUUCCAACGUUUCUAAUGAAAUGUCUACUAUAAGAUUUCACCACAUUUAAUCAUGUAUUUCAUUAUUUAUUAUUUUAGUUGCUUUGCAAAGCAACAUUGCUCA